AUGCCAAGUAGCAAAAGACCAAAGACUGUAAACAACGAUAUUCCCGGCAACCCUCCUUACAACCAGGCUUCACCAAUUUCAUCUUCAAAGAAAUCCAGAGAAAGUGCGCUCGACGCCAACUCUUCGCCCUACACCUUGAGCUUGAUGCCAUCAGCCCCUCCACCUCGAAUUCGCACCGAAGAAAACAGUCCGCCUCCAGAGCUCUCCACUCUUAUUGAGGCUGCUGUUGAGCGUACCCGCGCUUCUGGUCGACCACAUCGGGCAUCUAACAAGAAAAUGUCCUUCGGCAUGGCUAAUGCUGAGCAACCGACUGUCCACGCCGACGACCACAACGUCAUGUCAGAUCCGUUCGGGAUCGAAGCUGCACCAAAAGGAAAGGAGCAAAACGAGGUGGCUACGGAGACGAGAGUGGGCAGUGCAGAAGAAAGCGGCAAAUCAAGGAGAAAGAGGCGCAAUUCAGAUGGUGAUUUUGAAGAAUACAUUCAAGGCGUGAUCGAUCGCUACAACAACCCUCCCCAGUUCAUAGGCCCUAAGAAGAAUCCGGGUCGACCGCUUCCUGAAACACUUGCUGAUGCGGGCGAAUGGGACAAGAUGCUCUGGACGUGGAAGCUCAACCGUGUGGCGCACAAGGAUAUCGAAAAGGAGUGGGAGCGGGUGACCGGAGAAACAAUUGGCCGGAGCAAUAUGCUGGUUCGAUUUUGCAGGCUGAAGGAGCAAUUUGCUGUCAGUGGAGAACUCGAUUUCCCCGUGAACUGGCUCGAACAAUACCCUGACGACUUGAAAUACCAGAUCAUUUCCGAACGAAAGAGGGAGGCAAAGAGAAAGGAGGACAAUUUGAUCAACGCCAGGGCCAAAGCAAUGAAAGAGAUCGACCCUCUCUUGUGGGAGACUGUCCAGAGAAUCUACCAAGAAGAUUACGGAGAGGUGGUGUCCUGCGGUCGAUUGAAAGCCAGAUGGGACAAUAUUGUUAAGGAUGCAAAAGCAAUGGUUCUUCCCAAGAACAAUGAAGCCCGUCAGAAGGCCCAGAGCGAGGAAGGAGAGAAAGAGAGCGUGGAAAAAGUCUGA